CGAGCAUUCAGUGUUCACUAUCACACGCGCCGUGUGAGCCAAGCGCGCGUUCUGUCUGUCUCUCAUUCAUCCCGGUGAAGGCUGCUCCACACUUUCUUCUUCUCUUCCUCCCCCUCACCUCUCCUCACCUCUCCUCUCUCCCUCCCCUCACGCCGGUGUAGCUGACUUUUUGAUGUUGUCUUUUCCCCUCCGCGGUGCCUUUCGGUCGGAGUAGUAGUGGAUGAUAUCAGCAGAGCUCCGUGUCUUGUUUUCUUCGCGAUACUACGGACUGGAGCGGAGACGAUAGAGGACACGAGCAUCACGACAGUUUUCUUUAUUUAUUUCUUGGACGGGGACGUCGCUAUUUAGAAAUUAAAGAAGAAUAUCCGCACCGAGCGGCGCUGACUCCCCGUUAAGUUUGGACGGAUUUUACGCACAGGUGCGCUAAAGGAUUUGAGAAAGGCAGUUGGCGGAUGGUUGUGGGUUUCGUGGAGAGGAGCCACUGCCUCUGCGCAAGUCUCAGAUGAAGAUGAAGUCUGCGGGCGUCGUGGAUGGAGGCUUGUUCACAGAGAGCUAUUGUAACAUCUGCAAUGCCCAGCUCAUCUCCGAGUCCCAGCGCACCGCUCACUACGAGAGUAAGAAACAUGCCAACAAGGUUCGCCUGUUCUACAUGCUUCACCCUGAAGAUGGAGGACCUCCUUCCAAAAGACUGAGGCCAGAUAAUCCAGAUUGUGCAGAGACAGAAGUGGACAGAAACAAGUGCUGUACCUUGUGUAACAUGUUCUUCACCUCCGCCAUUGUGGCCCAGUCCCACUAUCAGGGCAAAACCCACGCCAAGAGAGUCCGUCUGGUGCUGGGGGAGCCACCCACCCUACCCACAGCCAUUUCCAGCCCUACAAACGCAGAUUCCUCUCCUUCCACUCCGCUGCCUGCAGACCCUGCUGCGUGCCCCCCUCCUCCCGCGGCCCUACCCUGGCCCAUGGCGGUGGUCAGUGGAAACGGAGGGAGAGAGGCAGGAAAGUAUUGCUGCCUGUGUGGAGCCUGGUUCAACAACCCCCUGAUGGCCCAGCAGCACUACGAAGGCAAGAAACACCGCAGGAACGCAGCCAGGGCACGCCUCCUGGAGCAGCUAGCAGGCAGUCUGGAUGCCACGGAGAGCACAGGGCUGCGCAGUAGUUACUCUUGCAGUGUCUGCAGUGUGGUCCUCAACUCCAUCGAGCAGUACCAUGCACACCUCCAGGGCUCCAAGCACCAGAAUAACCUGAAGCAACACCAGCAGUAAGCCACUGAGACAGGCCACUCUGGAAAGAAGAAGAAGAAGAGAUGAAGACAGAGAGUAUUGGAAUAAACAACUGUUUGUUUGUUUUUUUUUUUAAAGGAGGACUUUUGUCAGAAAGCCGAAGAGAAAGUAGUGCAGAGUAACUUCAGUAUGUGUGUCUGUGUAUGUGUGUUUGUGCGUGUCUGCGCACAUGUCUGCUGUAAGCGUGUGUGGGUCAUUGUGAGUGUGUUAAUUUCUAUCUUUAUUCUAAAAAAAUAUAUCUUUAAAAUUUAUUCAGCACCUUGUGUUUGAUGAGUUCAGCCAUCAGAAGACCUGAGGCUGCUUAUUGCCAUUUAACUCUUGUGUGAACCACAAUCCUAAAAUUCAACUGAUGUCAGUGCAUUGACCAGAGUGAUAACAACCAUUACAAUGAUCGUCAUAGAACAGCAGGACUAAUAACUCUGUAACCAACAGUCCCCCAAGUGCUCUGACAGUGAUUCGAGUCAAGUUUUUUGUUUCUACAUGUAUUCAGUAUGCGGUGAUGCUGAUGGCGGCACAAGCCUGGCUCACUUUCAGACCACUUGAGACCUACUCAGGCCCAGACUUUCAAAUCCAAGGAUGAGAAAACUCCCAAUGACCUCAGCCAUUACAGAUCGCAUGAAUUUCCACAACUUCAAAAAGCUACUUUCGGUUCGGAUCUAGUGCCAUCUAUCGUUGUGUCGGAUUGGUCUAUUUUCAAAUGGUGGAUGUAUCAUUUUGAAACCCAUCUUCAUGUUUUCAUACAAUCAAAACCCAGAGAUAAAAGAGCGAGAAAAGCAGUAGAGAGACUUUAAAAUUCCUGUUCUCAAGAGGGUCUGUGCAACGUUGUGAAUCGUCUACUGUUGAAAACAUUCCCACAGCACUAAAUACUGAUGUCAGAUGCUGUCCGGAGGUGACUAAACUUCUCUCUGCGAAGGGCAACAUGUAGAUAUUUUUGUUUAUUUUUCUGUUGCUAUGGCCAGAGGGGAGGGGAAAAAAACAACUUGAUUCCCAAUCCAUGUAGCAGCCAAUGUACAAUACAACUGGGAUGUAAUUCAAUGCAUGCAAAAUGUAAAACGUUGCAUUCACUUGCCUUUUUGAAACCUAUUUCUUGCGCGUUUUGGCAAUAGAGCUGCUUUCUAGUGAUAGCUUCGUAAUGCAUUACUGGACAUGCUUGUAAAUGACCAAAGAGGUCACCUUUUAGUGCUGAACUGGCUUCCUCACAACAUCUUAUUUUUUCAUCAAAGAAGUGAAAAAAACCUUUCAACCUUUUGAUACCUAGAUAUUAUAUUAAUCACCGCUGUAUAACAACCUCAUCUGUAGUGUCUUCAGAGUGUCUGAAGUGUGUCUGUAGCACCAUAAGACGAGCAAAGAGAAGACAAGCUCCACUUUCCUGUGCUGGCACUGAGAUUGGCCCUGAGUAACAUUUCUCUUUAAGAUGAAAAACACAGCACUCAAUGCUAAGCUAUUCCUCUGUUAGUUCUUGUUGGUUUGAGCUGUUUUUUUUUUGUCUGUAAACACAUUAAAAAAAGUUUUAUAUUUUC